AUGGGCAUUAUCACUCUUCUCUCUCGCCUGAAAUGCGGCGUAUAUGCAUUGCUCAUCAUCAUUCAUAUCCAAAUUCUACAAGGAGAAGAGCAAUCUCAAUGUCCAAGCCUAGCAGAGAACCCAAUUUGUCCAUGCUAUAACUUCAAGGAAGGAUUGUUUUUGGAGUGCCCCAGCGCGACACCAGGAGUCGUAAAAAAUGUGCUGUCCAAGAUAAGAGGAACCAUCCAAUCGUUGUCAAUAUAUGAUUUAGAAAGCUCAACAACAGAACUGAAGCCUGACAUAUUUCCCUCAAAAAUUAAGAUAAUCAAUUUGCAAAUCUCACAGUCAGGAAUAUAUAAAAUAAACUCUAAUGCUUUUACAUCUUUACGUGAUUCGUUAAAAUCUUUAAGUAUAAUUUCCAGUAAAUUAAACAAAAUUCCACAUGAAUCAUUCUUGGAGCUAUACCACAUUGAGUCACUUGAUUUACAGCUCAACGACAUCAAAGAUAUCCAAGCAAACAUUUUCAGAAAUCUUAAACUGAAAAAAAUCAAUUUAAAAGGAAAUAAAAUUGCCAAUAUAUCGGAAAAUGCAUUUCUAAGUUUAGAAGAAUCUUUGACUGAACUGGAUAUAAGUGAAAAUUUUCUAAAUGUUUUCCCCUUGAAGUCUUUCGGAAAAUUAAAUAAACUUAGUAACUUGAGACUGGCGUGGAAUAAAAUCAAUUCAAUACCAGACAAUAUAAAUGCUACAAUAGCCAACUUGUUCACUCUAGAUUUAAAUUCAAAUUCCUUUAUGAAAAUUGAAAAACGCUGGUUUAGUUAUAUGCCCAAUAUAAAGACGUUAACAUUUUUUAGUAAUCAAAUACAGCAAAUAGAUGAAGAAGCGUUUUAUGCAUUAGAAAGUUUAGAGACUGUUGAUUUAAGUCGAAAUAAAAUAAAGAUGUUAGCAAAAUCCGUAUUUCAAAAGAACCAUAAUAUACGCACAAUAGACUUAAGUCAUAAUCAUCUCCAUCAUAUCAACGGUGUAUUUUCAAACUUACACAAACUCUCGGAAAUAUUUCUCUCAGAAAAUAAUAUUCUCGAAAUAUCAGAUGAUGCAUUUGAGAAUGCUUAUGGGUUAACUGUUCUCAAUUUAGAACACAAUGCAAUUCAAAACCUACAUGCAAAUUGUUUUGCAACCUUAAAAAAUUUAACGCAACUUCAUAUGGGAACAAACUUUUUAAAGAAACUUCCACGAAAUGUAUUUCAAACGAAUCGUAAACUAGUAACUUUAAGCUUAGAUAAUAAUGAAAUUAACGAACUAGACGAAUUAAUAUUUGAAAAACUUGAUGAGUUAAAAGAAAUACGGUUGCAAAAUAACAAGUUAAGUCAAAUUAAAAGAAAUGUUUUUAGUCCUCUGCCGGGCCUUUUAGAAUUGCAUUUACAGAAUAAUGUCGUUCAGACUAUAGAUUCUCACGCAUUUAUUACCCUCAAAAGUCUUCAACACAUAAAUUUGCAGGAGCUAAGUAAUAAUAAGAUUCUUAAAUUAAGUAAUGAGACCUUUUAUAAACUUGUAACAUUAGAAGAGUUGUAUCUACAAAAUAAUCAUAUAAAUCAAGUCGCCAAAGAUACAUUUCAAUACUUAGUAAAACUGAAAAUUCUUGACUUAUCACAAAAUGAUAUUAUUAUAUUUAAUUUUGAUAUUUCUUCUUUGCCCAUCAAACAGCUCCGACUCAAUAAGAACUCGAUUGCAAUCAUCGAAGUAGAUUCUCUCAAAAGUUUACCAAACUUAAGUGACUUAGAUAUGAAUAACAAUGACUUGACUUGGGAAGAUAUUAUUCAAAUUCAUAUACCUGGACUUAAGUCAUUAAUAAUAUCAGAAAAUAACUUUACCCUACUAGAGAACAAGACUUUUGCACACUUACCUUCAUUGCAAACUUUGUCGCUAGAAUUGUCAAAUAUAUCACAACUACCCCCAACAACAUUUAUCAAAAAUCAGAAUCUACUAAGAAUUAAUUUAGCUUUUAAUAACUUACGAGAUUUACAUAAAGAUGUUUUUGCGUACACAACAAUAUUACAAGAGCUUAAUUUAAAGGGCAACAAUUUCACCGAUUUCCCUCAUCACGCUCUGUUCAAUGUAACUUCAUUAGAAUUUUUAGAUUUAUGUAGCAAUCAAUUACAUAGUGUUGACUUUUUCAAGUUUAUUGGUUUACAGAAUUUAAGAACACUCAAUUUAUGUGAUAAUCGAAUUUCAAUGUUAAAUGGAUUUAACUCGCCGUCAUUAAAAAAUUUAGUGACCUUAAAUUUAUGCGACAAUAUGUUAACAAUUCUUCCCCCGAACUUUUUCCAACAUUCUGUAGGUUUAAAAGAGAUUGAUUUAUCACGAAAUCUUUUCAAAAACAUACCUAGUAAUGGCUUAUCAGAAUCAGUUCUACCUGCACUAAAAACACUAAAUAUGUCAUCCAACUCCUUAGUGCAAUUAUUACAAACAUAUCCAUCAAAGUUGUUUCCUGUCUUAGAAGAAUUAGUUGUCACAAAAACAAACCUAACUAUUAUAACUAGCAAAGAUUUUGAAAACUUUCCAUCACUUAAACGGUUAAAACUAUCUCAGAACGCCAUAAUACGUCUCUCACCGGGAGCGUUCUCCAAGCUCCACAGCUUAGAAAUUCUUGAUUUAAGUCAAAAUAAAUUAGAAAACAUUCCGAGGGAAAGACUUCAAGGAUUGUAUUCUACACGCGUGCUGAAUACAUCUCAAAAUGUAAUAAGGGAACUGGAAGAUUUCACGUCUGACUUACAAAGUCUACAGAAGUUAGACAUAUCUAACAAUCAUAUAAAUAAAAUACAUCGAGACGUAUUUCGAGGGCUUCAGAGCCUCACAGAAUUAUAUUUGAGUGGCAACUGGUUAUCAACGAUAUCUGCAGACGCAUUUCGAAAUUUGAAUAAGAUUACAUUUAUCGACUUGAGCCGAAAUUACUUUGAAAUCAUACAAAUGAAAAUGCUCUUAGCAUUAGAAACACAAGUAAAGAGCAUAUCUUUCAACGAGAAUCCAUUGACGUGUAAUUGUGAAACUCAAGAGGUUUGGCGAUGGAUGAAAGAUCACUAUAAAAUAAUCUACAAAGGCAGUCGUAAUUUACGAUGUGAGCAUCCGGAAGAUCUUCAUGGUUACAGUUUUAUCGAAUUACCUUCACAGAAACUUUGUGAUAUACCAAUUGUAAUUCGCAUAGCAAUUCAAGAUAUUCAAACAUAUUCGAUUGUAGUGUCUUGGCAGAGCCGCAACCAAACUGGUUUGAAUGCAUAUCAAGUAGCUUAUUUCAGCGAAGAUCAUCCGACACCGAUACGAGGCAAAAUACUCAACGCUACUGCCAGGUCGACUAGAUUGAACCAUUUGACACCGGGAUCCCGAUACAAAGUAUGCGUAAUAGCACUCGGUAACUUGGGAACGUUGGCAUCGCCGAGCUCCUCCGUACCAGACGCUCGAAUAGCUCUUUCACCUGAAAAUUCAAGUAUAAAUAUAUAUGGGGAUGAACAAAUUUAUAGCCAUCUUCGUCCCUACAUGAAUGAUUCUGUUAGCAGUAAAUGUACCAGUGUUAGUACAAUUGAAAUAUUUGGAGCACCAAUAGACAGUCCAUUUUCUAAUACGUACAUGGACAUUGCAGAUAUAUUAACAAGAAGACUUAGUCUGGUUGUGGGGUGUUGCAUCGGUUUCAUUGUUUUUGUCGUGUUGGUUUCUGCUUUGGGGUAUAUUAAAACUAAAAAACGUCAGGUUAUCACUAAAGCCGAAGUUCAACAAGCUCCUCAAUAUAUUUCGUAUGAUAAUUUUAAUACUCCAGGUGUAGAUGUUCAAACCACAGAUAUGGAUAUAAAUACCAUUACAAAUAAAGCGAAAGUACAAUGUAAACAAGAUUGA